AUGGCUGUCAUUCACUGUGUUAGGAUUCAAUGCAGUGUACAGCAGGCGCUCAUCACGAAAAACCAGACCUGGGCAGAUUGCAACUUCACCUACCACGACGAGGGAGCCACUGCAACAUGGGUUCCGGCCUUCCUAUUCGGGACCGUCACAAUAUUCUUUGCAAUGAGACUGUUGACGAAGUGGUUGCGGAUGGGGACCUGGGGAUGGGAUGACUGGACAAUAUCAUUCGCAUAUCUUAUGAUGGUUGCGUUCUUGGUUGCAACGACUCUUGCAAAGCAAGCGGGCAUUGGUCGAGAUAUUUGGACUCUGACCGUGGAUCAAAUUACAACAUUCAUUCGGGGCUUUUUUGCAUUCGAGAUUGUCUACUCGGUUACCCUCGCCUCGAUCAAGGCAUCGAUCCUGUUUCUUUAUCUUCGCAUUUUCGGAUCGAUCACCGAAACGUUCCGUCAGAUCUUAUGGGGCACUCAGAUUUUCAACGUCGCGGUCUGCAUCACCUUCGUCAUUGUUAAUCUGAACCAAUGCAAGCCUCUGAGCUACUUCUGGUAUGGGUGGGACGGCAGGCAUCCCGGAUACUGCAUCGACCUAUCAGCCAUGGCGCUAUCGCAUGCUGCUCUGAAUAUCGCGAUUGACGUGUGGAUGCUCGUGCUUCCAGCGACUCAAAUCUACAGGCUCAACCUUCAGAAGAGGCAGAAGGCAGGAAUCAUGUCGAUGUUCGGUGUUGGAAUCUUCAUCACGUUCGUCAGCGCUAUUCGGCUGAAGAGCGUCGCGACCUUCAGCCACUCCUGGAACCCAACGUAUGACUUCUACGGUCUUGCGAUGUGGUCUCACACUGAGCUUUGCGUUGGCCUGAUCGUGGCAUGCAUGCCCGCUGCUCGAUCCCUUGCCCGGCGCCUAUUUCCCGAACUUCUUUACGUCACCAAAGUCAGCACCACCCGACAGUCCACGAGAGCCUCCGGGAACGUCAAGAUUGUUUCUCAAGACAUCGCCACCAUUGCGACAGACGACGUACCCGAGAGCUCGACUAUGUCUUCCCCGUCAAACGCGUCGAAGAAAGACUCGCUGGCAACCCUGACGCCGGACAGAGUACCACUUAAACGCCUGACCACCAGCGAUAGCUUGAUGGAUAUUUCGCCCAGCGAGCGAGAUUGA